AUGGCUGGCCAUCGCAACCUAAAGAGGAGCGUUUACGACGGCUCGCGUUUCGAUGCUAACGUGGCUCGUGCAUUCGAGGAACAUGAAAGCGGCGGGACCAUAAACGGAAGAUGUAAUGAUGGAGAGAAGACCCCAGUCUACGAUCCAGAUAUGCCAGAGCCAAAGACCCGAUCUGAUCUCAUCAAACAUUGGAUGGACCUUACCUUCGAUCCACGGACGGCCAACAAGGUGUUGUGGGUAUCGCAGGGAGGCGCCAAGGUGGCUCGCAUAACCGAUGAUGUCACUUGUCCCGUCCUGGAUGGACCAGAGAGAUUUGAGUACAUGCCCCAGGUGCUUUGCAAAGAGCGCAUCCAGGGCUUCCGGGCCUACUAUGAGGUGCAGUGUUCUGGCUGGGUGGUCGUCGGCCUGGCCAGUGAAAGCACUGGAAGGAGGAACAAGGAUGGCUCUUGCGGCCUCGGUGACAACGAGAACUCCUGGUGUCUGGGCUGGAGUGGUUCAAGUUAUCACGCCUGGCACGAUGGUCACAUAUCAGAAAUCCCAGGCAUUCCCAGGUCUCCCGUGUUAGGCGUGUACAUUGACCACCCUGCUGGUAUCCUCAAUUUCUACGCCCUGGAGGUGGGUGAGGAUGGCACCGUGGCAGAUGAAGUGACCGUCCUGCAGCAGAUUAAGAGUCCCUUUUGUGACAAAAUGAUACCAGGUGUGUGGAUGGGCAUGCAUUCUGAUUGCGUGAUCCGACGCUGCAAUUGA